AUGUCGUCCUCAUCUUCCUCCUCCCUAUCUCCAAUCUCGCUGGGACUUGCCUUCAUCCCGGUAACCGAGAAGCUCACUAGGAGCAACUAUCAAUCUUGGCGAGCGCAAGUUUCUUCGGCCAUCCAAGGGGCUCAGGCUGCGAGCUUCAUCAAGCCGACGGCCACACCCCCGGCGGAAUUCCUCGUCACUAAGGGCGACAGUGACAAGAAGGAUCCCGUCCCCAACCCAGACUAUGACGUCUGGAUUGCGAAGGAUCAGCAGGUUCUGAGCUACCUGCUAACAUCUCUGUCCAAAGAAAUCCUCGGGCAUGUAAACACCGAGGUGACGGCGGCAGGUGCAUGGGCGGCCAUAGAGGGACUCUUCGCUGCGCAGUCCAGGGCGCGGGUCAUUGCCACGCGCAUGGCUUUGGCAACCGCGUCAAAGGGGUCCUCUACAAUUGCUGAAUAUUUCGGCAAAAUGAAGGGUUUGGCCGACGAGAUGACGUCGGCUGGCAAAAAGAUUGAAGAUGAGGAACUCAUAUCCUACAUCUUGACGGGCUUGGAUGAAGCCUUUGAUCCCGUGGUGUCAGCCGUGGCGGCGCGUGCUGAUCCCAUCUCGGUGGGAGAGCUGUUUACGCAGCUCGUUAGCUUCGAACAGAGAAUGGAUCUGCGUGGCAGGGGGAAUCAGUCCUCUGCUAACAUGAUCUCCAAAGGAGGGCGUGGUGGCAGCUCUCCUUCGCGUGGUCGCGGUGGUGGCGGCGGUGGCCGCAAUCGCGGUGGCCGCGGCAACUUCGGGCGAGGCAACGGUGGACGCGGUCAGGGUUCCUCUUUUCAGCAGGGUGUGCUCUGCCAACUCUGCGGAAAGGAGGGACACACCGUGGUGAGAUGCUUCAAGCGAUUUGAUCAAUCCUACAAUGGCCCCCCUCCCAAGUCGGCAUCAUCUGCAUCUACGGCGUCAUAUGGUGUGGACUCCAAUUGGUACAUGGAUUCCGGCGCCACCGACCAUAUCACUGGCGAUCUAGAGAAGCUUACUGUCCAUGACAAGUACACGGGUGGAGAUCAGGUGCAUGCGGCAAAUGGAACAGGUAUGGAGAUUGAUUCUAUUGGUCAUAGCACUUUGUAUUCCCCUACUAGUUCAAUCUAUCUCAAAAAUAUUCUUCAUGUUCCAAAGGCCAGCAAAAGUCUUAUUUCUGUCAAUAAACUUGCUAGAGAUAACAAUGCCUUUCUUGAAUUCCACCCUGAUCAUUUUCUUAUUAAGGAACAAAAGACGAAGAGAACUCUCCACAGAGGCAGGUGUGAAGGAGGCCUCUACCCCUUCACGGCAUCCCCGAAUAAGCUAGGGCUUGGAGUAUACAAGCCGUCUCGGUCCAGUGGCAUCAUCGUUUAG